AUGGCUGAAUCUGUUGGUUUCGAUAACCUUGAUUCACUGGUUGAUAAAACUGCAGGUCAACGAGAAAUUCAUAAGGCUUUUCAUAAAACUGAGUAUUUAUGUUUGACAUCAAAUUACAUUGAUGAAUCAUGGCAAUUCAGAAAGAGGAUAUUCAAUUUUAUACGGAUUGAUCCUUCUCAUACUCAAGACAUGCUUUCAGCAGCUGUGAUGUCUUGUUUAAAGGAUUGGGAUAUUGAGCGUAAGUUGUUCUCCAUGAUUUUGGACAGUUGUUCUAGCUGUGACAACACUGCAUCUAGAAUCAGUGAGAAACUUAUGCAAAACAUGUUUCUUUAUUGUAAAGGUCAAUUAUUUGAUAUAUGUUGUGUUUCCACUGAUAAUUCUGAGCUCAAGGAAAGGUGUUUGGUUUAUGAUAGUGUUGUGAAUACUACUUACAUGGAUGGGUUCUUUAAUCAAGGAAGAGAUAAUGAGGGUAUGGAUUCUUACAAGUUGUUCAUGGAUUGCCAGUUUAGGAUGCUUCCAGCAACUAGUAAUGUUCUGCUGGAGGUUUUUCUUAAGCAUGGUAAGCAAAAGGAGGCUUGGGAAUUGUUUGAUCAGAUGUUAGAUAAUCACACUCCUCCUAAUUUUCAAGCUGUUAAUUUUGAUACUUUAAAUGCCAUGGUUAAUGAGUGCUUUAAGCUAGGUAAGAUUGAUGAAGUUGUUGCUGCUUUUAGGAAGGUUGAUUACACUUUCACAUGUAUCAGUGGAGUUUUUCUCUUUAUACUAUGA